UCGCAGAGAAAGGGAGCGAAAUGCUACCCUUAUCAUUGAUAUGAAUGGUCCCACAACACAGAUUACAGACCCCGAAGCGAAUGAUGAACCCAGAAAAUUUACAUUUGACUACAGUUUUUGGUCACAUGAUGGAAGCAAAGAAGACGCCAAUGGAUACUAUGGUCCUGAUACUUCACACCCAAAUGGAAAGAAAUUUGCUGAUCAGAAAAAAGUAUAUGAUUCCUUGGGAGUGGCAGUUCUUCAGAAUGCCUGGGAAGGCUAUAACAGCACAUUGUUUGCCUAUGGUCAAACUGGGUCGGGAAAAAGUUGGUCUGUUGUUGGUUAUGGAAUUAACAAAGGUAUUGUGCCCAUGUUUUGUGAUGAUGUGUUUAAGCAAGUUGAGGCAAAGAAGGCAGAGGGUGACAAGACAGAAUUUGAAAUCACAUUUAGCAUGCUAGAAAUUUACAAUGAACAAGUUCGUGACCUUCUUGACAGUCGAACCAAGAAAGGGGGACUGAGAGUUAGACAGCAUCCAAAACUGGGAUUUUAUGCUGAAGGUCUAAAGAUUGUACCAGUUCAGAGCUACACAGACAUUGAGGCGAGGAUGGAGGAAGGCACACAGAAUAGGACUGUGGCCUCUACAAACAUGAAUGCCACCAGCAGUCGUGCCCACACCAUUGUUGGAAUCACAUUUAUCCAGAAAUUCCAGAAUGCUGCAGGAGAGGAUACCACAAAAUCAGCGGUCACCAAUCUUGUCGACUUGGCUGGCAGUGAGAGAGCAGAGAGCACCGGAGCCACAGGGGACAGGCUGAAGGAGGGAGCUGCCAUUAAUCAGUCCCUGUCAUGUCUGGGUAAUGUGAUCGCAGCUUUGGCAGACAGAUCCUCUGGAAAAAAUACUCGAGUUCCUUACCGAGACUCUGUCCUGACCAAGCUGUUGAAGAAUGCCUUGGGAGGAAACAGUAAGACCAUCAUGAUCGCAGCUCUGUCUCCCGCUGAUAUCAACUAUGAUGAGACCCUGUCCACCCUUAGGUACGCAGACAGAGCCAAGCAGAUCAAGAACUCCACCUCAGUCAAUGAGGACCCUACAGAGAAAUUAAUCCGAGAAUUACAGGAGGAAAAUGAGAAGCUGAAGGCCAUGUUGGCCUCGGGUAAACUGGAGAUGGUGGCGGGUGAAGAAGAUGAAGAUUUAACAGAAGAGGAGAAAAAACAGAUAAAAGAAGAAUUGGAAGAUCAGUAUAAAUCUAUUCUUGACAAAAAUGCACAAGAAAUGGAGGACAUGAAGAAGACCUUUGAGGAGAAACUCAAGGAGGCUGAGCAGAAAGGUGGUGGAGGAGGUGGGGCAGACUUCCACGCCAUUGCUGAGAAGAAAAAAACUGUCCCCCACUUGUCUAACCUGAACCUUGACCCUCAGCUAUCAGGACACAUAAGCCAUUUCUUGGAGGCCCCCGAAAUUUGCCUGGGAUUUGAAGGGGACAUUGUGUUGAAAGGGCCAAGUGUUGCAGCUAAACAUGCCAUAAUCAGAAAUGAUGGAGGGAAGUUCACCAUUGAACCAUGUGAUGUUACUAACAGAUUGUUACAGAAUGGAAAGGCUGUGGUGUCAAAACAACCCCUCAACCACAACGACAGAUUGAUCUUUGGAACCACACAGUACUUUGUCUUUGUUAACCCUAAACAGAGAGAUUCCUCCAAAGAGAAGUAUCCAGAGGUGACAUUUGACAUGGCUCAAGAGGAGGUGGCUAAAAAAUCGGGAUUUGACAUGAGUGGAGAAAACAAAUCUAGAGAUGAUGCUCUGCUACAAGAGGACAUGUUAGAGAUCAUGCCAGCAGUAGAAGAAGCCAAUGCCAUCAGUCAGGAACUGGACAAAAAGAUGAAGUUUGAGUCAAUGAUUGUGUCCCCCGAGGCACGGGGAGAACAGACUGGUAGGACUGAGGUCAUGAUCAAGGCCACAAAUGUUGAGACCAAACAUGAAUGGAUCUGGCCAAAGGUCAAAUUCAUGAACAGAAAAUAUGUGAUGCAGGAGAUGUAUAAUGACUUCUUGGAUGGGGACGAUCCCUGGGAUUUACCCCCUGAGAAGGAUCCGUUUGUUGAUGACAUCAAUGCAGAAUUUCACAUUGGCAGUGUGAAAAUCUGGCUACAGUCAACUUCAUACAUGAUAGCUAUGAAGGAACAGUUGGAUAUUAUUGACUACCGUGGCUAUGAAGUGGGGAAAGUCAAUAUUGAACUUGUUCCCUGUGACAAAUCUGGUAAAGAAAUAUCUGAGGAUGAAGUGUUUGUUGAGGAUCCCUCAGAACUUGUAGGUAAAGAUGUCUACUUCAAACUGAAACUGGAGAAUGCCAUGGGCCUGCCAUCCAAAUUCACUGAUCUGUAUGCCAAAUAUAUUUUCAAUCAUGAACAAAAACCAUUUGAAACCAAGAAGUUGGGCAAUACCAUCAACCCCCAAUGGAAAUUUAACCAAGUUCAUGGAUUUGCAAAAUGCACAGCUGACGACAUUGCAUUCCUGAAAGAUGGAGCUAUCAUGCUGCAAAUAUGGGGAAAACAGAAGCCUCCAAAAGAGAAGAGAACUGUGAACACUAAGGAUGCCCUGGUUAAAGGAGCCUUAACCAAGGGUCAGUCUCACAAUGUCAAUACAAACAACAAAAAAGUGGACCCAGAGAAGGUCAAGUACAUGGUGAAAUGUGCAGUGUUGGAGAAGAAGACGCAGCACCUAGAACAGAAACUGGCAGCCAUGAAGAAAAUGUUGGAGGAAGCAAACAAACACAAGAAGAGGAAGCUCACGAUUGAACUGAUCCAGAAGAUUUACCACGCUCCAAGUAGUGAUGCUGCAGAGAAAUGUAUUGCUCUUAUUCCACAGGAAAAAGAUGACACUUCAUCUGAAUCGUCUACAUCUUCCUCGUCAUCUUCUUCAUCUGAUGAGGAGAAAAAGAAAUCCAAAAAAGAAGCUAAGGAAAAGAAACCCAAAGCAGUAUUAAAGAAAAAGGAGAAACCAGCCUCGGCAAAAUCUAAUCGGUCAUCUCAUAAACCACCAAGUAAAGCACGAGCUCAAACCUCUGAUGCCAUCCGAGGCCAGAACAAAUCCAGCUCAUGUGUACUCUUAUAACUGUUAAUCUGGGUAAAAAAUUGGAUUGACCUUCUUUUUGUUUGACUGAUAUUUUAUUUUUCCGUCCAUGUUUUAAUUAAAAUAUUGCAUAAUUUAUUUUCACUUGCUAGAUAUUAACUUAUUACUCCAGAUGCUUUGCUCAGUUUUUUUUUAUACUGUUGUGUUCUUCUUCAUUUAUUAGAUUCACUUUUUACAUGAACACAAUUAAAAUGUGUAUUU